AUGCCUCGAAAAUACGUCCGAAAAACCUCCAGACAGUCGUGGUCAUUGUCCAGCUUGCAGUCCGCUAUCCGAGCAGUGGAAGAAGGUCUGGCCAAAGGUACAGCAGCUCGGAUUUACGGCAUUCCGAAAAAAACUUUGUUGCGCUAUAUCGCAAAGGGAAGUGAAGUGCCGGUGGUUGCCAAGCUUGGCCGUUUCACAACAGUUCUGUCCCGUGAUCAAGAAGAAGAGAUCGUCAAUCACGCGGUUUUGAUGUCACAGUCCGCGAUUGGGAUGAACCACAAAGAUAUCCGAGAGCUGGCAUAUCAAAUCGCCGAAAAAUAUGCGGUACCUCAUGGAUGGAAAGACGGGUUAGCAGGAGUCGAUUGGCUUCGGAACUUCCUUAAACGGCAUACCGAUUUGAAAUUGAGGAAAGUGGAAAAUACAUCCCUUGCCCGCCUCACAGGUUUCAACAGGGAGAGCGUUCGAUCCUUUUUUAAUUUAUUGACAACGACAAUGGUCAAGGGACAAUAUUCACCGGAACAAGUUUGGAAUGUGGAUGAAACAGGUUUCAGUACGGUUCAAUCACGGCCCAUGAAAGUUUUUGCCAAAAAAGGCCAACGUCAGGUGGCAGCGAUAUCAUCAGCCGAGCGUGGAACUAAUACAACGGUUAUUCUGGCUAUGUCCGCAUCGGGAGAUUACGUUCCUCCAGCUUUUGUAUUUCCAAGAGCACGCCUUACUGAAGCUCUGAAAUCGGGAGCCCCGGAUAACUCGCUUUUUUUGUGCAACCCUAGCGGUUGGAGCACAAUUGAAACAUGUUCGGCUUGGUUCGAUCAUUUCUUGCGGUACGCAAAACCCACUGCUGGCCAGCCAAUUCUUCUGAUCUUGGAUGGACAUUCCAGCCAUACCAAAAACAUCCAUAUGCUUGAAAAAGCAUCCGCCAGUAACGUACGCAUACUGUCAAUACCACCCCACACCUCUCACAAGCUUCAGCCUCUAGAUGUUUCUGUAAUGGGCCCUGUAAAAAGGAAAUAUGCUGAUGCAAUGUGCCAGCUCAUGAAGUCCAGCCCGGGCAGGAUCGUCACCAUUCAUGAUGUCGCUGGUUUGGUGAACAAAGCCCUAACCACCACCGGAACUGUGGCAAAUGCCUUGAAUGGGUUUCGAGCAACGGGUAUUUAUCCUUUAAACAGCGAAAUUUUCAAGGACUCGGAUUUCGCAACAUCGGAUUUUCUUGAGCAAAAUUCAAAGGUCAUCGAUACCAAGACAUCGGAAACUGUAAAUGAUGCGGCACAAAUCGUUGAUUAUGAACUCUUGAAUAAGGAGAACAUAGCGGGUCCAUCCGGUGUAUCGACCAACGACUUAUAUUCUCACACUUCAACUUUGGAUAAUCUUACCACAACCUGCUUUCUGGAGGAACCAGCUACAACGACAAACAUUUCAGACCACCUUAAUCCGGCUGACAUUUGGAAAACGAACUCACCGAGUGGAUCGACCAAUAAUGUAACGGCCGACGAAAGUUACCUUGUCGCCGGGGAGUUUUCUUUUGAGAAACAAACUGAGGAAGAGGUGUUUACUGUUGAUCCGGAUAUAUAUUAUUUGAUUGCAGACAACGGCAAAAUCGUUAUUGAAUCACCGGCUGAGUCGGAAAAUACGUGCUUGGAAAAUAUGGUGGUAGAUAUUUCGAUGAUCGUGCCGAGUGCUAUGGAACCAGAUAAUAUUCAAUCAUCAAUGGUAGAGUCUGAUGAAUUCUCGACAAACCAUUACAUGCAAAAUCGUUCAUAUUUGUCUGCGACAACCAUGGUUCCCCCUAAGACAGGAGAAAGAGAUUUGAAAAUGAAACAGCGUAAAAUAAAACGGGUUGGUAAGGCGGAAGAUUUGACAUCAUCGUCGUAUCGUAGACAGCUGCGUGAGGCUAAUGCUUCGAAGGCCAUCAAAAAUAUCAACAAAAAGACAAAACACAAGGAUAUGAAAGUAGAUGCAAUGGAAGACAGUCUGUGUGUUACUUGCGGAGAUCGAUUCAGUUCGUCAGUUAUGGGUGAUGGAUGGAGUAAUUGUUCGUUCUGUCACACAUGGUUCCACGACAAGUGUAAUGGAGGAGAUCCACUGCUCUGCAAGUAUUGUGGCUAAGCAU